AUGUUAUCGUUACUGAAUCCUAAAGCAGAGUCCAUUCAGCGCUCACAAGCGUUGCAGGUCAAUAUUUCCGCUGCAGUAGGUCUUCAAGAUGUAUUAAGAAGCAACCUGGGUCCUACUGGUACCACCAAAAUGCUGGUUGAUGGUGCUGGUGGAAUUAAACUUACUAAGGAUGGAAAAGUACUUCUUUCAGAAAUGCAAAUUCAAAACCCCACUGCUUCUUGCAUUGCUAAAGCAGCUACUGCUCAGGAUGAAGUCACUGGAGAUGGCACAACAUCUGUCUGUCUUCUCGUCGGUGAGCUUCUUAAACAGUCUGAGUUGUAUAUUCGUGAAGGUCUUCAUCCAUCUUUAAUUAGUGAUGGUUUUGACCUUGCCAAAAUAGAAUCCUUGAAGUUCUUGGAAAACUUCAAAACCAAGUUUGAAAUUGACCGUGAGGUUUUGCUGAACGUCGCCAAGACAUCAUUGAGCACAAAGAUAUCUUCCAAGGUUGUGGAGACCUUGGCUCCUGCAGUUGUAGAUUCUGUAUUAGCUAUACGGAAAGAAAAUGAGUCGAUUGAUCUCCACAUGGUCGAAAUCAUGAAAAUGCAGAACCGUUCAUCUUCUGACAGCAAAAUAAUUAAAGGCCUUCUUUUAGAUCACGGAGCCCGUCAUCCUGAUAUGCCCAAGCAGGUGAAGAAUGCUUUUGUUUUAACUUUGAAUGUUUCUUUGGAGUAUGAAAAGAGUGAAAUCAACUCUGGUUUCUUCUAUAGUACCCCUGAGCAGAGAGAACGUUUGGUUGAAAGUGAAAGAAACUUCGUCGAUCAGAAACUUCGUAAAAUUGUUGAACUUAAGAAGGAAGUUUGUGAAAGAGAUCCUACUUCCAACUUUGUAGUUAUCAAUCAGAAGGGUAUUGAUCCUCUUUCUUUGGAUGUGUUGGCAAAGAAUGGUAUUAUGGCUUUACGACGUGCCAAGCGUCGUAAUAUGGAGCGUUUACAAUUGGUUUGCGGCGGUGUUGCUCAAAACAGUGUCGAUGAUCUUACCCCUGAAGUCCUCGGCUGGGCUGGUUCUGUAUACGAACAAACCAUGGGUGAAGAGAAGUUUACUUUUGUCGAAGACGUCAAGGAACCUAAAAGUGUCACGAUUCUUAUUCACGGACCCAAUGACUAUACGAUCAAGCAAAUUCAAGAAGCUACCAGAGACGGUCUUCGCGCUGUCAAAAACGCUUUAGAGGAUAAUAGCUUGGUCGCUGGUGCCGGUGCUUUCGAAAUUGCUUGUGCUGGUCAUCUUCGUAAUAAAUUUGCUCAAGAAGAAGUAAAAGGAAAAGCUAAAAUGGGUGUUUAUGCUUUUGCUGAUGCCCUUUUAGUUAUACCAAAGACUUUGGCUGCCAACUCGAGUUACGAUAUCCAAGAUGCUAUUGUAGCUUUACAAGAAGAAGCUAUGGAAGGAUAUAAGGUUGGACUUGAUAUUCGAACGGGUUUGCCAUUCGAUCCUGAAAUAGAAGGAAUCUACGAUAACUAUAGAGUCGUUCGUCAUAUGUUGCAUUCUGCUACCGUUAUUGCCAGCAAUUUAAUUAGCGUGGACCAAAUUCUUCGUGCUGGCCGAAGCAGUUUGAAGGAAGGACCCCCUGAGUAA